CUCUCUCUCUCUCUCUCUCUCUUUGUCUCUCUCUCUCUCUCUUUGUCUCUCUCUCUCUGUCAAACUCAUCUAUGCAACUCAUUCGUCUUCACCGAGGUCCGGAGGGCCGUACUUAAAAUGUAUUAUAUAUUAUAUAUGUAUCGGGGUUAGGGAUAGUUCUCUAUUGAACACUCCAUUGCUUUUGGAAUGUUCUCUUCUCCCUGACUGUCUAGCUUUCAUUUUGAUGACUGUUAGCAAGCUGGACAAACAGCAAAUAGUAGAAAUGUAUGUUUCCAUUUGACACAUCUCUCAUCAACUCUGAUUCGCUGGCUCUUCUGAUUCGCUGGCUCUUCUGAUUUGCUGGCUCUUCUGAUUCGCUGGCUCUUCUGAUUCGCUGGCUCUUCUGAUUCGCUGGCUCUUCUGAUUCGCUGGCUUAUGUUCUAUUGAGGCUCAAAGUCAGAAUGUCUCCUAGAGAGAAUAAAAAGAUUCUAUGGUACUCCGAUAUCCUUUUAUACAGGUGGUGUCCCUCCCUAAACCGAUGGAGGUAGUGGUUACAGCCCCGUCAUUGGCUACCAGCUUCCCCUGUAAGCAGUGUGGAAAGAUGUUCUACAAGAUAAAGAGUCGUAACGCCCAUAUGAAGAUCCAUCGGCAGCAGCAGGACGACUGGAGACACCCAGGCCUCGGCCUCAACCCAGGCCAGAACCUCACCCCCAACCUGGGCACCAAUCUACCCCAUUGCCAGGCUUCAGGUCGGGCCUACCUCCCAGGCCCCAUCAACAACAACAGCAACCACCAUAUUGGUGGUGCUCACACCAUCAUCAACAACAUCAGUGUUCCGAACACCAAUACCGUAACCAAUAGCAACAGUGUCACUGUCAAUGACUCCACCUCUAAUCAGAGGGGACCUGCUCCCCUUGUCUCUCUCCACCACUCGUGGAACUCGUUUCAGGUGAACUCUGACCCUGCAGCGGUAUUCUUCUGUGACCCGGAAGUGAAAGCUGCGCUCGGAGUCAUGGGGGGAGGGGUGAAAGGUCAAAUCUUGUGGAAGUAGCAUUAGAGAUACUGUAUAUAAUGACGAUAUGGUCUUGUCUCUGCCCUAACAAUGGGAGUCAUUGUCGCGAAGACGGAAAGGCAGGCGAGAGGAGGCGAGAUCAGAUGGGAAUAUUCUAGCCAAUGAGAGGGCAGAUACGAUCAGGUGGGAAUAUUCUAGCCAAUGAGAGGGCAGAUACAAGUGUGAACAAUAGACACAAGUCCAAUAUAAAAGUUUUUCUUAAAGUUGCCGAGAUGUCUCGUGCGUCCACUUAUAUCAGUACAUUCGUAACAACUGAAACAUUACGAAACUUCUAUUCGAUCAAAUAAGCCUUACUUAACAAAAUAACAACACUAUCUCAUAAACCUUGAUACAAAAAAAAAAAAAACAUUUGGUCUGCUUAUCGCUAUAUUCUCUCUGUCAGAUUUUGACGGGAGUGGAGCCUCUCACUUCGUCUCUUCCUCUCUGGUAGUAUUCUAGAAUCAGAACAGACAGUCAUAAUUCCCUUCCUUUCUAUACUGCUUGGUUUUGGUACGGUCAAAGACAUGUGAUAAAGAGUUAUACAUUUGUACAGUUUUUGUAUUUUGUAUUUAAAUACUUUGAGUUGCUUUGUGUUUCAUAAAAUAAAAAAAAUAAAAAUG